CAAAAACACUAUCGAUGGGAUUCAUUAAGAAGGGACGUGCUAGACCGCAGGAGGAUCGCGUGUCGCGCUUUUAAUACGUAAAAGACAUCCGUUGUAUGACUCUGUUGUGAGACCGAGUUAGCAAAUGCAGCUCGUAGACAGACCCGCGCCUGACAUUGGCAUUCGAAAUCCGCGUCCCGAUCGCGCGCCCCGCGAAACCCCGUGACCCAGUAAUCGAAUUUUGUUUUGACGGCCGCGCCGCGGUUGCGCGGCGGCGGCCGCGCGGGAACGUCUUCGAGGGACAGUCGCAGAUGUACGACCACGGUCCGAUUUCGACCGGUCUCUAGGAGCCGGCCGGACUGCGCGGCGCGGUGGGGCCGAUUUGCAUUUUAUCGGCGGGAGAUCGCGGCGGCCGCAAAAGUGGAACGAGUCGUUUUUGCCUGAGCCAGAGCGAAACAGAGUGUGAAUAAAUUCCGCGGGGCCCGUGUUUUCCCAGCCAGCCAGUCGGCCCGGCCGGGCCGGCCGUGCCACUUCCUCGGGUGCCGCUUAAUUGCGCCGUGAAUGGGCGGGCGAUCGCGCGCCGAUAACGCGUAUCAUCGCCGCGCGGUUACUUCAUUUCGCGGAGUACGCGAGUCACCGCAGGAUAUCGCUGAUAUCUUAUCUCCGCGCGGCCGCUUCGCUCCGGCGACAGAAGACGCUCGCGAGACGUCCGAGGUACGCCGUCGGGCGAUUCCAGAAGCGCGACUUGCCCUCGAACGAUUAUGUCUGCGCAGUAGCGAUUUGGAAAAACUCGGUUUUGUAAUCUCGCAAAAUCGCGUCAGGGUCGAGGUAGACUCGAGCGUGCGGCACUUAAAGAGACCUGGAGGAGAGAAAUCGCUUCGUUAAGACGAAUUGCGCGAGUUAAGAGUAAUCACGCCUCCCCUGGAAUGCUCUUCCCGCAAUCUUCGAAAUGUAGGAGAGGAGAAAGAAAACGCGAGGGGGAGUCAGGAUGUCGCGCAAGCUACGGCACUGGCGAACGGACCUCCGUGCCAUUGCGGAGGGCAGCGAGACGGAGGGGACCUAAUGGGUCCCUUCCCUUUUCUCCGUCUCGCUCCGGCCGCCUCUUCCUUCGAUAAUCCUUUCCUCUCUCUUCCCUCCUCCGUCCCGUUCUUCUCGUCCGCUACGGGUUACUCUCUCACGCGAUACUACGGCGAUACCACCGGUCGCGGUGUACACCUACACCCAACACUAGAGGUAGACGGACCCCGAGAUAGUUGACUCCAGGUUGACUCGUUUCACAAUAGACUCCUAGUCCUUUAAUUCGAGCCUCCGAGUCUUUUUAAUUCGCGACUUCCACUCCUUUUAACUCGCAACUCCUAGUCCUUUUAAUUCGUGACUCCCAGUCCUUUUAACUCGCAAUUCCUAGUCCUUUUAAUUUGCGACUUCCACUUCUUUUAACUUGCAAUUCCUAAUCCCCUUAAUUCGUGACCCCCCAGUUCUUUUCAUUUGCGACUUCCACUUCUUUUAACUCACAAUUCGUACUUUUAAUUCGUGACUCCCGGCCCUUUUAACUCGCAAUUCCUAGCCCUUUUAAUUCGUUACUCCCAGUUUUUUAACUCACAAUUCCUAGUCCUUUUAAUUCGCGACUCACAGUCUUUCUAACUCGCAAUUCCUAUAUAGUCCUUUUAAUUCGUGACUCCCGGCCCUUUUAACUCGCAAUUCCUAGCCCUUUUAAUUCGUUACUCCCAGUUUUUAACUCGCAAUUCCUAGUCCUUUUAAUUCGCGACUCACAGUCUUUCUAACUCGCAAUUCCUAGUCCUUUUAAUUCGUGACUCCCAGCCCUUUAACCUCGCAAUUCCUAGUCCUUUUACUUCGUGACUGUCGGUCCUUUUAUUUCGUGACUCUCAGUUCUUUUAAUUCGUGACUCCCAGUCCUCACCUUUCCUUUAAUUCAUGCCGAUCGUAUCAAAGAGAUUCCUUCGCGUCCCAGUGGCUUUUCGUCGCAUUUCUGCGAGAUCGUUACGUCAUGUUUUAUGCGUACUCUUUAUUUCGCGUUAAUCUCUUUUGUCAGAAUUUGUAACGUCUCUCCGUGCUCCGGCGAAGCACAGAAACCGAUAUGAUCGAUAAGGCUUUUAUGCCUCACGAACUCUAGAAAGUCCACAUUUAUCGCCGAUCGCCGUUGCGUUCGCGUUGAUGCGAAUAAUGCGAACAUUUCGAAAUAAACGCACAUUCGCGGGUAAUUAACUGCUACACCUGCGGUGGAUAUAUAUGACGUAAAGAAACGAAACGAUAUGUGACGGGUACCGUGAAGUUGUAGCUCGAACCUCGUAACUUUAUGAAAUCACGGCGAAAUCGGCUUACAUAAACUUGAACAAUCUCGGGCAAAUGCGUGUAUAUGUAAUUAGGACGCGCUGUAUUACGCGUCUUGGCGCAUAAUUGAAUUCAUUCGAGCGAAACCUGUGAGAAAAUGCUUCCCCAUCGACGAUAUAACACGAGGAUUAAAUAUAAUCGUAAUUUCAGAUAUCCCAGCGGCUACGUUAAAACUGCACGCUUAUUGGCAUCAAAAGUUACAUCGAUUAUCGAUUUAACUACGUGGAUUUACUGUUCCAACAAAAAGCUGCGUUUCACGGCAAGUAAUUGGCGCUCAGUUUGCUAAUUGCGAGUCGAAAAAGAGUAUCGCAAGAUUCACGCAAGAAAUAUUGUCAUUGGGCUACCAGGAUCCGACCGAAAUCGGCAACUUCCUCGGUCGAUUGUAAAUUAAGUCUCCCUGUGACAUUAAUUAUCGAUAUAUUCCGAGCGAUCGGGGCUUGAACGACCGUCCAGAGAGACCGUAGUGCGCCGUGAAAAUAUCACGGAAAGACGGCAAUCCCGAGAAGAAACCUCAGUCUUAACGACGCUAGAAAGUGUGACCGCGACUUUCCGCAAAGUUUAGAACGGCAACCAGCUCUUUCCCCCCCGAGAUCUGCCGAUUUUACGUAACGCGCCGCGCGAUCCGAGUGUUUUUCCUAUCAGGCCGAGAACUCGCACAUCAUCAUGAUCAGCAGUGCUGAGAUCGCCACGAGACCGCGGCGGUGGUGAACCUUCACCAUCGCCGUCAACCGCGGGUCCUCUUUGCAUUCGCAUCUAGCUCUGGCUCCCUUCUGCGCCUUCCGCGCACGCAUACACACGCUAAGGCACGCUCGCUCAUUCGUCUUAUACUCGCUCGCUCAUUCCUCCACUCGCUCGCUCAGGCACGCAUACAUAGGCGCGCGAGGCGCACACUCGUUGACUACCUGACGAGAACUCGAGCUCGGCCAGUCACGUGGCCAGCGAUCGCAAAGGAUGUUUGUGGGACCGCAAAGUCAGUCCGCGGCGGUCGGUCCGCCGAGAAAGAGAGGAUAGAGGCGCGAUCGGGGUUGAGGAGAAGGAGGGAGAGGUCGGGACGGAGGAGGAAAUACUGGAUCGGGGAUAUCGCCUGGGGUCUCGGGAUCGUCGCUGCUCUAGCUCUACCUGUCCGAAGGCAUUCGGCGUGCGAUCCUUCCUCGCGGCUCGCCGCGGAGUCGACGGGUUUUGCGAGUGUUCGCCGCGAUUGGUUUCCAUCGCCGCGGUAGCGGGAGAGAAGUCUCGACCGGGUCGGGACGAGCGGAGGAGAUCCUCCCGGCAUCGUCCAUGCGACAGUGACGCAGGAAUUGUACUGGUGGUUCAAUUGUGGCCGAGGGAUUCGGCGGCGAUUUGUUUGUUCCGCUAGAAAGUGUGGGUCGUGCGCGCAUUGCGUGGUGCACCGAAACGUGAAAGACGCGACGUGACGUCAAGCGAGACUCGGAAGUGACUGUUGAAGACGCGAGUGACGCGGGGACGAGGUGCCUCGGAGUCGACGAUGUCGCAUUUCCUUCAUUCCGAGUAACAACGCGUGAGUUCAAGUCCGUCGGUUUUAUCAGCAAAGUUCUCCCAUUUGACGGAGUUUAAUUAUGACAAAGAACUUUGAUUGCCCAACUGUUUGAAAAGAACUCGGACACGCUUUGGAAAAAGGGAAGAAAGGAUAUCGUACCGUGCUCCAACAGGACCACCAGGAAUACUUGGCGCGCACUGCGGCAGAAAAUCUACUCGUGUAAACGCGGACAGGUCAGGUUGCCGCGUAUGUUCACAAAGCACCAGUGGGGGUUCGCCGGGUCUGCGCGUUCUUUGUGGAAGGAAAGCACGAGCGAUCGAGAUAGAAAGGCGACUAUCGAGGUCGUAAUGUCGUCUCGAAGAUCAGCCUCAAUGACAAUCUGAAGGGAAAGAGAGAGAGAGAGAAAGGAACGCGCGCGGGAGUCUCCGUAUUGAAAAUCGGAGCUGGCGUCUCUUGGAGCCUUUAAUCGACGAGUACACGAGGGACAUUUAAACGACGUGGCUCCCGCGGAAUUAUGCGCAAACUGGCAGGGCGAUACCGCUCGUGGAUUUGGGAGACUGAGAAGACUGCCGCGCGCGCGAAGCCACCAGCGAGCGAGCGAACGUGCGUUUCGUGGCUCCCGCGAGAAUUGUAUGCAAAGUCGCCGUCGGCGAUAUCGCGAGGCAUCGGCGCGAUCGCGACCCGCUUUAACGAAUAAAGAGGACGUGGUUGGACUCGAGGGGAGAAACGAAAGAGAAGUGGCGAGGGAGAAGGAAACGGCGCGAUCGAGGUCCGCGCGGCGAUUUCGCUGGCGCAACGGCAGCGUGGAAUCAUGCGGCGACGUUGCACAACAUAUUCCCGUCAUCUCCGAUCGGCAUUUAACGCGCUGCUCGCUCGUGCGUUUUAAGCGAAAUAAGCGAAUUCCACGAGAAACGCGAAACGCGCGCGCAAGGCUGCGCACCUCCGGCGAGUGGAUUCCGUACGGAGAUACCCGACGGCUGUUACAUUCGUUUGCGACUGACAGUACGCUGCAAUAAUAAAAAAGAAAGAAAGAGUUUCUCAUCGUCGCGAACGGCGAAUUAAUUCGCGUCUGAGGAAUUUUGCGGAUGACAAAACGCCGCUGACGCGCGAAGCUCGCCGAGUUAUUUCACGCCGUUUCUCGCAUUCCGUCGGCUCGUGACAGACAGAUACGCGCGAUAAGGACGAUGAUAAACGUCGCCCCUUAUCUCGGAAGAAGUUUGAACGGAGAAUCGUCGCCUUUUGCGUGGGAGGCGAAGGUACCUCGCGUUACCACUGACAUUUAGCAACGCGUUUAGUAACAGCACAGGCAUAUUUUCGACGCCUCGAGACACGAGUCGAGUGUGUGCGCGCGUCGGUUGAAAAGCGUAAGGUUUGCGUAUCGCACAAGCGUGCGGUCAUCGGGGAUGAGCAAUCGCUCUGGCUAGACGGCCCGGAAAGCGAGCGGAAUGCAGUUGGCAACCAGUCAGAGGCCUCACCCGCCUCCGGUGCCACCUCGGCCGAGUCGGCAGGUGGUUGCCGAGGCCCUUAAGAGAUCGCCAAGGCCGCCCUGUCCCACUAGGCAGGCACCGCCGCCGCCAAACACGAAGCCCUGGAGAUCCGAUCAGCAACAAGUGCAGCAACAGCAGCAGCAGCAGCAGCAGCAACUGCAGCAGCAACAGGUGGACGCGACGGGCGGACGCACGAUUGUGUACGAGUCCAUCAAGGAGUGCACGAAGGACUACAAGGACGAGAGCGUGUCCAACGAUAAAAAUCAGCGGGAUGGCAACCAGACGCGGAAUACAGACCGAAAUGUCGAGGACGGCCGGUCGGAGAACGGAGGCAGAGUCACCUCGUCUCACGAUCAACCUCACGGGGCCGGUGCCGGCUCGGAGAAGCCCUACUCCACGGGGAACGUCCCGGUGAACAUUGUGCGGAAGCGCAACAGCCUGACCGAGGAUCAACGGCCGCAACGUAGACUGGAGAUCCGGAGAAACUCCCGCGGGAAGGAGCCGGCCGGCGGUCUGUCGUGUCACCGCGAGCGGUGCAAGGAUACGCCCGGCAAGGACCAGCAGAGGGAGAAUAGUGUCGUCGCCACGGCAGAGAAAUUCGACACGGCGGCGACGAGACCAACGCUGGCCGUCCGAGCCGUCAACGUGUCCUUCGAGGACGAGCGUGCCGCGUCCUCCAGCCCGGAUUCCGGCGGCCGAGUCACGGUGAGUCACGCGGAAAAGUGCAACGGCGAUCCGGAGAGAGCGGACGGGCGUGACUCGCGGCCGACACCCACGUGCCGGUCGUCUCCUGGUGAGCAGCGAUCGCAGCGGCAACAGCAGCGGGAAGCAGCGAGCGGCAAGCCCGCCGGGAGCGACGCUGUCAGGACUGUGUCCUCGAGCGAGAGAUCGACGAGCGUCCCGUGCGUUGACCGCGCCGCCACCACGCUGCUCGUCGUCGAGGAACCAGAGCGUAAAAUCGCGCUCAGCGACCACGAGGACAGCAACGACAACGACAGCGACAACAAUAUCCACCGGCAGGACUGGCUGGAGGCGGGGAUCCGUUACUCCUCCACGCAGAUCACCCUGCACGGGGACGACGGCGACGACGACGACGACGACGACGACGGUGUCGUCAACAGGGAUCGCGUCAACGGCUACGAUCAUCGCGAGGAGGAGAGGAUCACCGAUCUUGAUUUCAUCAGCAUACAAGAACGGAUCGCGAUGUCUUCCCUGCAAGGAUUACCCCCGUUGCCGAGGAGCCUGAGCGGCUUCAACCUGAGCGGCGGACGCGGCGACAGCGGCGAGCCGCCUCCACCGCCCACGAGAUCGUCCAGUAAAUCCCAAAGAGGCGGUAAAACGCCGCUGCAAUCGUCGUCCACGAGGCCGUCACCUCCUACCAGACAACUUACCACCCUGGACACCCAACUGGCGGUGCUCAGGAGGGAAAUGUUUGGCCUGCGGCAGCUCGAUCUCUCUUUGUUGUCGCAAUUGUGGUCCUUGAACGAGUCGAUUCAGGAGUUCCGGCAGCUGCUGCAGGAGCAGGAGGACCGGGCGCCCUCGCCGUCGCCUAGCAGCGAGGAAGGAGACGAUACGUCUUACGGAGUGCAUCCACCGCCGCCACCGAGGAGACCAGCGCCCACGCUGCAUCAUCAUCGGCCGCCGCGACCACCCAGGCCACCCAGGCCGUCGGCCAGCGACGAGUCGCCGUCGAGCGAGGAGUACGGAGCUGUUUGACGUAUCGUCACCGAGAGGAAGAAGUACUCAAGAAGGUCUCGGUCCUCUCAUCGCACCUAGAACGGCGUUUCGGCGAGCAUUGAUGUCUCCGAACACGAGAACAGAGAGAGAAAGAGAGACUUGCGUGAAAACCUUGAUGAUGUCGCGAUCAAGCGUACAUGCGUCGUGACGUUCGAUUGCGAGCUACUGAUUCCUAAGAGUGUCCGUAAUGUCGCUUGCAGAGCCAUUCAAAGAUCGCGAGCCAGGAGACGGUACUUGAAUUCGUGACCGGAACCGAUGAUCGAAUCGGUCGAUUGACUGAAAGAUUGUUCCGCGGUAGAUUAGUCGUGGUCGCAGCGUACGAUGCUAUUUGCGCAACCAUCCCGGGGAAGCUAUCCCGCUUUUCCCGCGAGCCGUCGCUUGGAGAGCCGUUCGAAAUUAUCCGCGAUCGCUACUUCAGCACGAAAGGAGAUUGACGAUCGAAUCGAAACUCAACGGCCGCAGUAGUUCAGCCGUCAUCACGCGAAGCUUAUUUCACGUACAUAUGCGAGAUAAUAAUCGCUUCUCGCAGCCCGGAGAAGAGUAUCGACUUGCCAAUUUGCAAUAACGACAUUCCGCAUAUAUUUGCGCUCUAAAUAAGGAAGGACUCGAUUGCCGCGAGCGAGAGAGCUGACUUCAGCUCGACGCGCCGCUCUCCUCACUACUUGUGAUAACGCUCGAAGGGGCCUUCGAUUAAUGAUAAUCGCAUCCAUUUGUGCGGAUUAAGAUUUCUCCGCGACUCCGCUCUGCCGUAGAGCAACUGUAACAGAUCCGAGCCCAAAGCACCGCGAUUCUUUCGUGUUGUGAUCCAAGAAAUGGCGUGAUUCUUUCGGCGUUCACCAGCCGCUCCUCGGCUGGUGAGUCCGAAAGGAUCACAGCGUUCUCUUCUCUUCCAUGUUUUUUUAUAAUGUUGCGAGUCCGACGCGAAAAAAAAUAUUUCCUUAUCCCUCGUUGCUGACGUCGGGCCAUAUGCGUAAGUAGAUCUGCCGUAUACGCGAGGGAGAUAGGAAAAUUUAAUAUAUUUAUAAACAAAAUAUUUAACGUGAUAUUUCUAAAUGUUUGAUUUCUGUUAGAUGUUACGGAUAUACAGCAAGCCUUAUAGACUGUGUAAUACACCAGAUUCUCGCGUGUGCGGCAGAUCUUCAGGAAGGCUAAGAUUAUCAAUGUUCCGCGGCGUCCUUUCGUGUAGAUUAGUACGAGCUGUGUGUAAAGAUAUGUAAGACUAUGUGCAAAAUAAAUGAGACUUAAUUUAAAUACA